UUGUGCUGCUCAGAGACGCUCUCUCUACCGGAGCUAGCACAGAAGCUGCACUUCAGGAGAAGAAAAACACAGACCUCAAAGACAGAAAAAUGUCGUCCUACGUCUCCUGCGAUUAUCGUCGCGUCUGCCCCUCUGUCCACGGGAACAAAUUCGACACGGCGCACCGCAAAAAGGCCGUGGCCAACAUCUUCGAGAACGUAAACCAGGAUGCCCUGAUGAGACUGUUUCAGAAAACGGGCGACGUGAAGGCAGAGGAAAGAGUGAGGAGCAUUUUCUCCUACACGCAGGAUCCGGAGGAGACGGCCCGGGCUCUGAUGGCUCUGAAGCAGCGGAAAAAGGACAAGUUCCUCCAGAUCGUGGGAAUGGUGCGGAUGCUGCUUAAAAUACGCUGACUGUGCGCCAGCUAUCUGUGUCUCUCACUAAACCAAAUGUGGAAACACUACUGAUACAACCGAGAUGCCGCCAGAGGUGCGGCUUAUCUUUCGCCUGGAAGAGAAAGGAAGCACCGGGUGCAGAGGAGAGCAUGCAGCCGGCUGCAGCGACUGUCGCCUCGAAGGCUGAACAGACAGUCGGAGAGUCCUGUCAGGAACCACGGAGCGAGAAUAAUGGACUUGAAAUAUCCGCAUAAACGUCGUCCUUGAGCCUUGAAUUAAUAUGUGCACUCUGGUGAAGAACUGACUGUGAAAUCCUACCCAGUAUAGGUGCACAUUACUGUGUUGAUCAUGGUGCAUAGCUCUGAAAUAUGACUGUAAUGUGCCAAAGAAUUUCUACAUGUAUGCCUGUCUUGCACAUGCCUUUUUGUAGUUUCUUUUUAUUUAAAUACUAGCCACUAAAGGGGACUAAGGUGGCCACUGUUGUGUUGUUUUCAAACAAUGUUAUGAUGAUGAUUUACAGGAGGUGUUUCUUUGUUUCUUAAUUUUAAUAAAUCCUUUUUUAUUUAAA